AUGUUUACUGGUAUUAUCGAGCAGAUCGGUUCUGUGCAGAAGUACUUAGCUCUUGACGACAGCCAAACAGGAGGUAAUGGUGCCUCAUUAACGAUUGAAAAUGCCGGACCAAUAUUAAAAGAUUGCCAUUUAGGUGAUUCUAUUGCUAUUAAUGGAACCUGCUUGACCGUAACAGAAUUCAACAACGAUUCGUUCAAGGUUGGUAUUUCGGAUGAAACUCUUCGCCGGACGACACUCGGAUCAUCGAAAGUUGGCGAUAAGGUGAACCUGGAAAGAGCAAUUUCUGGUAAUGUGCGUUUCGGUGGUCAUUUAGUCCAGGGACACGUUGACACAAUUGCUGAAAUUAUAAACCGUCACCCGGACGGCAAUUCUAUUUCCUUCACUUUCCGGCUUAGGGAUAGCGAGUUUAUCAAUUACAUUGUUCCUAAGGGAUUCAUUGCUGUCGACGGAACCAGCUUAACUGUUACUGGUGUGAACUAUCAGGAAGCCACUUUCAGCAUUAUGAUGGUUGCCUACACACAGUCUAAGGUCGUUUUACCACUAAAGAAGAUCGGUGAUUAUGUCAACAUUGAAGUUGAUCUUACCGGUAAACUUAUCAGUCGGCAAGUUGAGUUGCAGCUCGGAAGCCAGAUAAGCAACGAGAACUCACCAUUAUAUCAGCUUGUUUCGAGGAUUAUCGACAAAAAGCUCUCCAGCUCGACCAGAAACGAUUAA